AUGUCGCAGCCAGACGCGGGUCCUUCAGCGCCCGCUGCGGCCGCUUCUGAAGGCCAGGCCUCAAAGGUCAAAGCUCAGCAGACCAACAAGGCAGCGCAGCAGCACAAGGCAACUGACAACCGCUCCAAGGCCCAGCAGAACAAAGACCGAGCUGCUCAGAAUCGAGCUCGAAAGGCGCAGAAUGUCACGUUCGUGGAGGACAAGGACGUGGACUCAGCCAGCGUGGCUGAAGCAUCCAAGGCGUCCGCUUUAGGACCUCAAGGCGCGGCGAAGCAACCCAAGAAACAGCCGAAGAAGGAGGCACCCAAGUCGCAGCCGAGUCGUCAGGGAAAUGCUGGACCGACCCAGUUCAAAAGCAAAGUGGUGAUCCGUCGACUGCCGCCGAAUCUGCCCGAAGAGGUGUUCUGGAAAGCUGUGUCACCUUGGGUCCGUGAUGUCGCCGACUGCAAAGCACCUGCUGCCCCGGCACCGGCUCAGACCAACCCGGAGGCGUCUCAAAGCGAAGCCCAGGCCGCGAACACCGUGGCCACCGCAUCGACAUCGUCCGCCCUCACACCAACGGUCGACUUCAAACAAUACGUCGCAGGCAAGCUCAAGACGGACGCCAACAAGACCAACAAGCACGCGCGCGCCUACGUGCGCUUCCUCGACCCCCAAUCGCUCGUCCAGUUCCACAAAGCCUUCGACGGCCACAUCUUCCGCGACAGUAAGGGCAAAGAGUCGGUCGCGAUCGUUGAAUUUGCGCCGUACCAGAAAGUUGUCCUCCCUCCCUCCGCCAGUGGUCAGCGCGGUCGCAGGGCCCGACCAGACCCGAAGCAGGGCACCAUCGAGAAGGACGCCGACUACCUUUCGUUCGUCGAACGGCUCAACGAGGCGAGUGACGAUGUCAAACGGUCCGAAGGGGAUCUGCUUGCGUCGCUGCAUGAUCCGAAGGGAAAGGAGAAGGAGAGGGAGGCGAGAAAUGCGGCGGGCAAAGCGACACCGCUGUUGCAGCAUCUGAGGGCAAUCAAGUUGGCUAAGAAGGAGUCAGCUGCUGCUAUCAAGAAGGCCAAGAAGCAGGAGAAGGCUGCUGCCAAAGCUGGGGCUGCGAAAGGUGGGUCUGCAAGCGGGCCUGCUGCUGUCAUCUCUACUGCGGCUGGCUCGGAGGGCAAGGGCAAGAAGAAGAGCAAGAAGGACAAAGGCAAGGAGAAGGCGAAAGCUGGGUCCGCGGAUGGCGCCAAAGCAGAGGACAACGCGAAAGAUGGCUCGGUCAAGAAGGAGAAGCCCAAACCCAAGAAGGGAAAGAAGGCACCCGCCGAUGUCUCCGCUCAGGCCAGCGCAGAGCACAGUGCGCAGGCCCAGACAGUCAAGCCGCCGCCGAAGGGCUCUACAAACAAGAAGACCGAGGCCAAGGCAGACGCUGUCAAUAAGCCGGCUGGCGCAGCAACUGACGGGGCUGCCAAGGCCAAACCAAAGCCGCCGCGACGCAAAGGCGGAGGAGCGAAGUAUAAGGACAAGUCAGCCGCCGCUUCCGCCAACAGUUCCUCCGCUCAGCCGGCCAACGUACAGAUUCUCAAACGUGACUGA